ACUUAAUAUCAGUUAUCAUAUACGAUUUACUAAAUCAAAUUAAAAUUUUAACAAAAUGUUCAAAUUCAUCACUGUCAUCUUCGCCUUGAUUGCUUGCGCUGCUGCCAAACCCGGUUUGAUUGGUGCUCCUUUGGCUUACACUGCUCCCGCUGCCGUUGUUGCUGCUCCUGCUGGCGUUGUUACUGCCACUAGUAGCCAAUUUGUUGCCCGUAACCACAAUGGUAUUGCCACUGCUCCCGUUGUUGCCCCAGAAGCUGCCCCUGUUGCUGCUUAUACCGCCCCAGUUGUAGCUAAAUACGCUGCUGCCUACACUCAUCCUUUGGCCUACUCUUCUCCAGUUGUUGCCAAAUACGCCACCGCUUACUCUCAUCCUUUGGCCUACUCUGCUCAUUUGACUUAUGCUGCUGCUCCAGCUCCAGUUUUCUUUUAAAAACUGCUUCUCAAGACUGAUAACUGAUCUGAUUUUAUGAAUAAAAUACAAAAUAAUUUAUUAAAAGAAAA